AUGCAAUUUCACUUUGCAAUUCCUUCGUGGACGUUGGUUCAUGAUGUUUGCUUCAUUCUUGAUCAUGGCUGGUGCAGGUGCAACAUAUUUAUUUGGUGUAUAUUCCAAAACUAUAAAAUCAACUCUUGGAUAUGACCAGUCUACCCUCAAUCUUCUUGGUACUUGCAAAGAUUUGGGUGCUAAUGUUGGUGUCCUUUCUGGUCUUUUAGCCGAGGUAACGCCAACUUGGUUCGUCCUUUUAGUUGGGUCAGUGAUGAAUUUUGCUGGGUAUUUUCUUAUUUGGCUAGCCGUGACAAAAAAAAUUGCAACACCUAAAGUAUGGCAAAUGUGCAUUUACAUAUGUAUUGGUGCCAAUUCACAGAAUUUUGCUAAUACUGGUUCACUCGUUACAUGUGUUAAAAAUUUCCCAGAAAGUAGAGGGAUGAUGUUGGGGUUGAUGAAGGGUUUUGUAGGGUUGAGUGGUGCAAUUUUCACACAACUUUAUUUGGCUAUUUAUGGCAAUGAUUCUAAGUCUUUAAUUCUUCUUAUUGGUUGGCUCCCUGCAUUGCUAUCAAUUCUUUUCAUCUUUAACAUUAGGGAGAUGAAAUGUUCUAGGCAUCCUAAUGAGGUUAAAGUCUUUUAUGAGAAUCUUGUUAUAUCAAUUACAUUGGCUUUGUUGUUGAUGGGGAUAACAAUUGCACAAAAGUACCUUCACUUCUCACACAAUGCUUAUGUUGCAUGUGCCACUAUAGUUUGUGUGGUGUUAUUUUUGCCAUGCUUAGUUGCAAUAAGGGAGGAGUAUUCAUGUUAUAAGUUGAAACAGAAAGAAUUUUUGAAAAGCCCUUCUAAGGUUGUUGUUGAAGAACCCCCUUUGCUGGAAUCAAAGCCGGGGGCCGGUCAACCGGUGUCGGAAAUCGUGGAGUUGCCGGAAUAUUCUUCCAUGGCAAAAACACAAGAAAAGAAGGAAGUUGGAUGCUUUAGCGAUAUAUUCAAGAAGCCAAAAAGGGGUGAGGAUUAUACCAUAUUACAAGCCCUAUUGAGUAUAGACAUGUUGAUUCUUUUUGUGGCAACUUUUUGUGGGCUAGGGUGCAGCUUAACAGCAAUAGACAAUUUGGGACAAAUUGGCGAGUCCUUAGGGUAUCCACAACACACAAUUAGCACGUUUGUGUCUCUAGUGAGCAUAUGGAACUAUUUCGGUAGAGUUUUCUCAGGGUUCGUCUCUGAAAAACUUCUGUUGAAGUGGAAAGUCCCUCGCACGCUGAUGAUGACCUUUGCUCUCGUCUUGCCAGCCAUUGGCGAUCUCCUCAUUGCAUUCCCAUUCCCCUGUUCAGUUUAUGUGGCAUCGUUGCUAAUAGGCUUCUCGUUUGGCAUCCAAUUGACGCUUCUUUUCAUCAUAAUAUCGGAGCUCUUUGGACUGAAGUAUUACUCAACAUUAUUCAAUUGUGGACAGUUGGCUAGUCCUAUUGGAUCAUACGUUUUGAACGUGAAAAUUGUGGGAAAACUUUAUGAUAAUGAGGCAUUGAAGCAACUAGCAAGCAAAGGGUUGACAAGAUCAAUGGUCAAAGAAUUGGUUUGCAUUGGGAAGCAAUGUUAUAGGAGUUCUUUUAUCAUACUUGCUUGUGUGAAUGCAUUUGGAGCUCUAGUUUCUUUGAUUUUGGUAAUGAGGACUAAGGAUUACUACAAGUGUGACAUUUAUAAAAGGUUUAGGGAUGAGAUGGAAGCAAACGAGAAGGAGAUGAAGAUGGUUGCUGAAAGAUGA